AUGGCGAAGCGCGACCCCAGUGCGCCUCAGCCGGAAUCAGCUGUUCGACACGUGCGCGUCUGUGUGUGUCUGUGUGUCACACAACGCAACGCGCUCUCUAACAAAACCUUGCCCUCCUCCUCCCCCCGUCAACCUGUAACUGUCUGCAAGCCACGCAAUGUCGCCACGCUGAGCCCGGGCGCGGCGGCAAAGAUUUUGAUGAAUUCGCCGCUCGUUGCCGCCAAAGCGCUCGAGGCCUCGGGUCGGGCCGUGAGAAGCCUGCGUUGCCUGAAAAGCCUGCGGCGAUUGAGCAGCGGGACGCGGCGAGACGCGCAGCCUCGAAGCGCUGCGGCGUCGGCGUCGUGGGCGGCGUCUCGACUCGCCAAUAAGUUUCCGAGCGCCGCCGAGAUGAACGCGGGCCCCGCCUCGACUCCAGGCUCACAGCCGACCCUGAAGCACCUCAAGAGCAGAGACAAGAGGCGCACGGCCGGCGCUGUGUAUGCCCUCACACACACGCCGUCCUGGGUCUUCCUGCAGGUGGUGAACUCUGGGCAGAGGGGGUCCGGACCAGCACUCUUCUUGUUCUCAGACUUCAACAGAUAUCUCUUCAACUGUGGAGAAGGGGUCCAGAGGGUGAUGAUGGAACACAAGCUCAAAAUGUCUCGGCUUGACAAGAUUUUCUUCACGAGGAUGAGCUGGAACAACGUGGGAGGACUUUCUGGAAUGAUUCUUACCAUGAAAGACAUCAACAUUCCCGAGUGCAGCUUGUUUGGACCCCCGCAGCUUGAGAGGUAUCUGGAAGGAGUCAACGUGUUUGCUGCCAACAUCCACGACCUCAAGUUGGUGGUGGAGCCGUGCACGGAGAUGGAGUCGGUGGAUGAGACGAUGGCGGUGCAACAGAUCCCCAUCCUCGGAGACGACUCCAAGGCUGACGACCCUUCGCUGACCGUGGCGUACCUGUGCAAGCUCCAUGAACGCAAAGGCAGCUUCCUUCUGACGAACGCCAAGGCCCUGGGACUGCCCAUAGGAACUAAAGACCUGGGACCCAUGGUCACAGAUUUUAAAAACGGCAAGUCUGUGGUGUUCAACGGACGAGAGAUCCGUCCGGAGGAGGUGCUGACGCCCUCGGACCCGGGCCCCAUGUUCCUGGUCGUGGAAUGUCCGGACGCGUCCUUCGUGAGCCCCGUCACCUCCAACGCCGCCCUCCACCGGUACCAGGCGGGCGGGGAUCAGAGCCGGCUCUCCCUGGUCGUGCACAUGGCGCCAGACCACGUGGUCUGCCACCCGCUCUACCAGGACUGGAUGCAGAGGUUUGGCGACUCCACCGAGCACCUGUUGCUGAACGAGCGGACCGAGUCGCUGCACCACCUCCGCAGCCUCCAGAUCCAGACGCAGCUGCACCUGGUGCACCCCCGCGUCUUCCCCACGCUGCACGGGCCCGGCCCCUCCCCCACGGCCUCCGAGAAGCGCCCCGAUUUCAAGCUGCCGCUCGUGAUGGGCGAGUGCCUCCUCAAGUACCAGCUGAGGCCCAAGGUCACGUGGCAGAGGAACUUGCUGCCGGUGCUGGACGAGGAGCAGUGUCGCCAGGAGGCGAUGGAAUGUGCCGAGUUCGCUGCGAGGGUCGGGGAGAUCGAGGCCGGCAGUGACGCCGCCGCAGAGGGAGCUUCACGGUGGCCGGAGGUCGUGUUCCUGGGCACGGGCUCCGCGAUGCCGAUGAAGACGCGGAACGUCAGCGCCACCCUCCUGCGCGUGAGCGCUGAGCGAGCGGUGAUGCUGGACUGCGGGGAGGGGACGCUGGGCCAGCUGAGCCGGCACUUUGGCGGGGCGGUGGACGCGCCGCUGUGCGCCCUGCGCGCCGUCUUCGUGUCGCACAUGCACGCCGACCACCACACGGGGCUCAUUAAUUUACUGCUGCACCGAGAGAGAGCCUUGAGUGCACUGGGGAGACCCUGGAAGCCGCUCAUCGUGAUCGGGCCUCCCAAAAUCAUGAACUGGCUCAACAUCUACCAUGAGCACUGCCAGGCAGUCCUCCACCUGCUGACGUUUAUUCCAUCUCAGACUUUCCUGAAAAUCUCCCAGGACUCUGAGGAUCUUCCCGAGUCGGUGCAUGACCUCUACAAGGAACUGGACAUCAGCCACUUUGAGACGUGCUAUGUGCACCACUGCUUCAACGCGUUUGGAUGCGCGCUGACUCACGCGUCUGGCUGGAAAGUGGUGUUCUCGGGAGACACGAUGCCUUGCGAGGCGCUCAUCAGCAUGGGAAAGGGGGCGACGCUGCUCAUCCACGAGGCGACGCUGGAGGACGGCCUGGAGGAGGAGGCUCUGGAGAAGACGCACAGCACCACAUCCCAGGCGAUCGACGUGGGCGUCCGCAUGGGCGCCGAGUUCACGCUGCUCAACCACUUCAGCCAGAGAUACGCCAAGAUCCCACUCAUCCAGGACCUCACGGCGCGCGUUGGAGUCACCUUCGACCACAUGCAGGUCCGGUUCUCGGACUUUUCAAUUCUCCCCAAACUGAUCCCUCCGCUCAAGGCCCUGUUCGCAGAGGACAUCGAAGAAAUGGAGGAGCGCAAGGACAAGAGGUUCAUUCGUCAGCAGCAUCAGCAGCAUCAGCAGCAGCAGCAGCAGGAUCAUCAACAGCAGAAGCAGCAUCAGCAGCAGGAUCAUCAACAGCCGAAGCAGCAGCAGCAGAAGCAGCAACGGAAUCAGGCGCAGCAGAAUCAGUCGCAAGAGGAGCAGAGGAAGCGGCAGCAGCAGCAGAAGCAACAGCAGCAGCAGGAUCAUCAACAGCAGAAGCAGAAUCAGUCGCAAGAGGAGCAGUCGAAGCGUGCCGAUGCGUCGGAUGAACCAGCAGCACUUCCCACGGUGGAAACCUCGUCAGAGGCCUCGGAACAAUCGUCGGUGAAGAGGAGCGCCCCGACUCCUCCCGGCGAGGCGGCGAGCGACGACGAGGAGGACGGAGCGAAGCGAGCGAGGCUGGCGAAGGGGGGCGGGGAGGGGGCAGCCUCGCCGUUGUCCUGAGCGAGCGAGAGGGAGAGAAAGAUCGUCGCGAUGGGCGGCGGAGAGAGGAGAGAGAAGCGGCGGGUGGGAGUCGUGGCAGAGUUGGGAAGAGAGAGAGACUCUCUGUUUGGUAUCCGCACGCCCGGGUCUCGGUGUCCCGUGAGACUCGAUUCCAGGAGGGGGACCUCGGAUUUUUCAGGGGGUGGGGGUGGGAGUUCGUUCGAUUCUAGGACGCUCCGCUGAACAGAUUUGGUUUGUAAGAGGAACGUGUUGGGGACGAAUCGUCGUUCCGUUUUCCGUUGAGAAACAAAGUUGAGUUGUUGCCGGAGCGUGUGCGCAUAACAUCCCGGCAACCAAAAAGUUGUGACACCUGUUAGAAGUGGAACUAAAAUUGGCUUAAAUUUCGAUUUAAAGCUUUCGUGACUGCAGGGAUUCAUCUUCUUGGCUCUUUCGGUAAAGUCACGUAGAAGGGAAAUACUAAAAUAAUAAAAAUUUAACAAUAAAAUAAGUGCUUUAUUUCUAAUUACAUUUUUUUCUUUUUUUAUGUUUCAUUUUUAUUUUAUUAUUUCCCUUCUACGUUACUUUACCGAAAGAACAAAGAAGAUAAAAUUGUCUUAUUUUUUUUUAUUAGAAACGUGCGUCUUUAAUUAAUAUAUAUAACAAACAAAAAAUCUAAGUCACAACUUGGUUUGGAGCAAAGUCCCCGGCGAUGUUUCCGUGGUGCAUUAGCAACGCGGCGGUGUUACAGCAUCCUGUGAUGAUCACAACGCGGCAACAGAUGCUUGAAGCGAGGAUCUCAGCGGUGCCAGCUCCGUGUCUCUUGACACGACCAUUAUGACCCCCCCCCCCAAUAACAAGACACCCAGACAGCCAGGAUACCAGCGGUGUUGGCAGUGUCUCUUGACACGGCCAUUAUGACCCCCCAAUAACAAGACACCCAGACAGCCAGGAUAUCAGCGGUGUUGGCAAUGUCUCUUGACACGGCCAUUGACCCCCCAAUAACAAGACACCCAGACAGCCAGGAUAUCAGCGGUGUUGGCAGUGUCUCUUGACACGGCCAUUAUGACCCCCCAAUAACAAGACACCCAGACAGCCAGGAUAUCAGCGGUGUUGGCAAUGUCUCUUGACACGGCCAUUUACCCCCCAAUAACAAGACACCCAGACAGCCAGGAUAUCAGCGGUGUUGGCAGUGUCUCUUGACACGGCCAUUAUGACCCCCCAAUAACAAGACACCCAGACAGCCAGGAUAUCAGCGGUGUUGGCAGUGUCUCUUGACACGGCCAUUAUGACCCCCCAAUAACAAGACACCCAGACAGCCAGGAUAUCAGCGGUGUUGGCAAUGUCUCUUGACACGGCCAUUUACCCCCCAAUAACAAGACACCCAGACAGCCAGGAUAUCAGCGGUGUUGGCAGUGUCUCUUGACACGGCCAUUAUGACCCCCCAAUAACAAGACACCCAGACAGCCAGGAUAUCAGCGGUGUUGGCAAUGUCUCUUGACACGGCCAUUUACCCCCCAAUAACAAGACACGCAGACAGCCAGGAUAUCAGCGGUGUUGGCAGUGUCUCUUGACACGGCCAUUAUGACCCCCCAAUAACAAGACACCCAGACAGCCAGGAUAUCAGCGGUGUUGGCAAUGUCUCUUGACACGGCCAUUUACCCCCCAAUAACAAGACACGCAGACAGCCAGGAUAUCAGCGGUGUUGGCAGUGUCUCUUGACACGGCCAUUUACCCCCCAAUAACAAGACACCCAGACAGCCAGGAUAUCAGCGGUGUUGGCAGUGUCUCUUGACACGGCCAUUAUGACCCCCCAAUAACAAGACACGCAGACAGCCAGGAUAUCAGCGGUGUUGGCAAUGUCUCUUGACACGGCCAUUUACCCCCCAAUAACAAGACACGCAGACGGCCAGGAUAUCAGCGGUGUUGGCAGUGUCUCUUGACACGGCCAUUAUGACCCCCCAAUAACAAGACACCCAGACAGCCAGGAUAUCAGCGGUGUUGGCAAUGUCUCUUGACACGGCCAUUUACCCCCCAAUAACAAGACACGCAGACAGCCAGGAUAUCAGCGGUGUUGGCAGUGUCUCUUGACACGGCCAUUUACCCCCCAAUAACAAGACACCCAGACAGCCAGGAUAUCAGCGGUGUUGGCAGUGUCUCUUGACACGGCCAUUAUGACCCCCCAAUAACAAAACACGCAGACAGCCAGGAUAUCAGCGGUGUUGGCAAUGUCUCUUGACACGGCCAUUUACCCCCCAAUAACAAGACACCCAGACAGCCAGGAUAUCAGCGGUGUUGGCAGUGUCUCUUGACACGGCCAUUAUGACCCCCCAAUAACAAGACACCCAGACAGCCAGGAUAUCAGCGGUGUUGGCAGUGUCUCUUGACACGGCCAUUAUGACCCCCCAAUAACAAGACACCCAGACAGCCAGGAUAUCAGCGGUGUUGGCAGUGUCUCUUGACACGGCCAUUAUGACCCCCCAAUAACAAGACACGCAGACAGCCAGGAUCUCAGCCGCGUGGUGACGUUUCAGAAAUUGCCCCUUGAGAGCAACGUGGCCAUGAUGGGUUGACGGCCGGUUGGUCACAACGAAAGACGGGGGAGAUGUUUUGUAUUUUAUUGCAACUUGCCGACUCCCGUGUGCCCCUACUGGACAUCUCGUGCGAAAGAGCUUCACGACUCAUCGGAUUCCUCCUCCAGCCCAAAAUAAAGAUUCUCAUUCCGGUUUGUGGUUUAUUUUUUAAAUCCUUUAUAUUAAGUUUGCUUGCUUGCUUAGGACCGUGCAAAUCUUUCGGUCGUGUUUUAACCCACUUUCCGUGAUCCAAUCGAGCUGACGGUUUGCACACAGACUCGUUGUGCGUGACAAUUAAUGUUCGUGAAUUUUUUUUUCCAAAAUUUUACACUGUUUAGGGAAAACAAAUUAAAUAUUUAAUUACCAAUUACUUAAUACUGGCAGGCAAUCAUCUGACCCAUAGGUGGCAGCCAUCUCAAGCCAGAGGACGAGAGGACUCUAGCCGCCACGCAUAUAAAGGAUUUAUCGUGAAAAACUUUGUUUUUACGGGUUAUACUUGUUACAUUUUUAUUCCAGCAGUUCAAUCGGUGCGCUUGAGCUUGUAGCGGCAUCGUGACGCGCUCCGCUAGCCGCGUGCGCAGGAGGUUCUUUAAGUGACUAGCUGUGUCGUGACUUAAUAAACAAAGGGGGCCCCUCAGCCCAUCUCGUUGUUCACAA